CAAUUGAUUUUUUUGGAUGAUACUGCUAAAUAUGAAAGAUCUUUAUCACGAACUUAUGGAUAUUCAUUUAGUAUGUCAAAAAGUAGUUUUUUGAGAUGCGUUAGGUAUACUAUUUUACCUGCACUUACUUUAGAUGGAUUUAUUGCAUGUGAUAUUAUGAGAUGUAGCUGUUCUAAAGAGAGAUAUUGUUCUUUUGUU